UCUCCACGCUUCCUGUUUCUUAACGCACAGUGUACACCGCGCGUUAUCUGUCACAUAACACACACUCUUUCUCUCUCACAAUACACAUGCGGUGGCCGCAAAUGCAGGAAGCACAGCUCUAUCAUCAGACAGUGGAAACACAACCACAACAUGCAGGGCUGAAGCUGUUCGUUCACUGAAGGACAACUCUACUGACCAAUAGUUGUUGUUUUUACAGAUGAGAAGGAGAGAGAAGAAACACUUACUGUCUGAGACCUGAGAAGAAAGGAAAGGAGAAGAGGAUAUAGUAAAUGAGAGAUACUUUACUGCUUUCUCUGAGACCUGAGGAGAAGAGAAGAGAGGAGAUGAUAUAGUAAAAGAGAGAUACUUUACUCCUUUCUCUGAGACCUGAGGACAAGAGAAGAGAGGAGACAAGAAGAGACAGUCUUUUUCUGUUAUGAUUUUAGUCUCUGAUGGAGGAUGUUCUUCAGUGAUGCAGAUGUAACAGCCUGUGAGUCAGGACAUGCAAUUCUACUACGUGUACGUGGGUGACCAUACGUGGGCGACCAUGUUGGGCCAGAGUGUCCGUUUGCAGCCAGUACCCAUCCAGAGCCUGUCUGAGCUGGAGAGGGCCCGGCUGCAGGAUGUGGCCUGCUACCAUCUGGAGAAGAGGGACCUGGACUUCAACAUCAGCAUCCCCAGAGAAAUCCGCAAGAGGAGGAAAUCACUCAGACGGAAGUUUGACUCCUCCAAAGAGAAGAAAGAGAAAGAACGAGAGACAGCCGCCAAGGCGUUUGGUAUAACCCUCUCCCAGGCGAUAGCCAACGACCGGGCGUACAAGCAGCGCCAGGAUGCCUUGAAGGAGAGCAGAAGAGACUGUCUGGAUCUGGAGGCCAGCGUCCUGAUGUUCCGGGCUGAAAAACGCCAGCUUAGCGACGGGAACAAACCCCUCUGCAGCACGGCUUCAUCACCCUUCAGUGGAUCUACAGCUUCGUCUUCAUCAUCCUCGUCAGUGCUGGAGCUGCACAGCAAGCCGCUCUCACCCAGGUUCCUGGAUAACACGGCUAGAGUGCAGAGACGGGGUGGCCUAUCAGUGGACUGCAUCUCAGAUCUUGUAGAGAGUCAGUCCCGCCUGUUGGAGGCGCUACAGCUGUCCCACCCUGCAGAGCUGGAGCUGAAGAAGACUGCAGCCGGAGCUGGGGGGCGGACCCAGACCAAGCUCAGCCUCAACCCCAUCUAUAAACAGGUCCCCCGUGUGGUGGAACGCUGCUGCUGUCACAUAGAGAGACACGGGCUACAAACUGUGGGGAUCUUUCGUGUUGGCAGCUCCAUAAAGAGAGUUCGGCAGCUGCGUGAGGACUUUGACAUGGGGACAGAUGUGUGUCUAGAAGAGGAGACCAGUGUCCAUGACGUAGCAGCCCUGCUGAAGGAGUUCCUCAGAGACAUGCCUGACCCUCUACUGCCUAGAGAGCUCUACUCUGCUUUCCUCCACGCCAACCUUCUGCAAGGGACAGACCAGUUCCUGUACCUCCAGCUGCUCCUCUACCUGUUACCGGCCUGUAACUGUGAUACCCUGCUCCGCCUCCUCACCCUGUUACACACCGUACAGAGCCACGCUCAGGACACCACAGGACCACAGGACACCACAGGACCACAGGACACCACAGGACCACAGGACACCACAGGACCACAGGACCAGGUGUUCCUAGGCAACAAGAUGACAGCAACUAACCUGGCGGUGAUAUUUGGUCCCAACCUGUUGCAGGGGGAGAGGGGCGGAGGGGACAGGGAGAUGAGUCCUCAUGCCAUGGACAUCGAGGACAGCGCCGCCAUCAUCAACGUCACCCUGCAACUUAUACAGAACUAUAAGCGACUAUUCACGGUGUCAGCAGAGCUCCAACAAGAGGUGCUGAUGAGUCUCAUUCAGACAGAUCCUGACAUCAUCGACUAUCUUCUCCGCAGGAAACUCAGUCACCUGGCCGUGGGGACAGUAGAUUCUACGGGGAGUCGGCGGGACACGGGGGUGUCUCUGGACUCUGUGGGGUCAUUCAGUGAUAGCCUGUCACCCCUGGAGACCCCCUCGCCACUCUUCAACUUGUCCCCCCUGGAGCCCCCCUCUCCCCUCUUCAACCCUGACGGGCCCGGGGACGGCAGCCUGACCAGUGAGGUGUUCUUUAACCUGGAGGCGCUACGACACCACAACAACAAGAAACGCUCCAACGUGAUCCUGUCCAAGUCCAUCGGCCAGAUGAGACAGUUCCACUCCAACCACAACCUCCUGAGUCUGUCCCAGUCCUCUAGCAGCUCCAGAGUCCACCCAGAGAACAGCUACCAUGCCCAGGAACAGAGGGCUCCGCUGGGGGAAGAUCUGAGCUUCACCCUGGGGGCUGCCUCAUGCUCCAGCCUGGGAGGACAGGGGGAUAACAGUGUCUGGGUGAGGCAGACACCCCAGGAGGAGAGAGAGAAACAGGUGGCUAACAGUGUCUGGGUGAGGCAGGCGCCCCAGGAGGAGAGGGAGAAGCCAUCUCCAAGUCAUUCCAAUUAUUUCUGGGACUUCUUCACAGGGAAGAGCUCGGGGUCAGAGACCAUGGUAUGAUAGGACACGACACUGGGGGGUGCGGUGGAGGGGUGA